GUUGGCCCGACUAUAAAAGCGAUUCCAAGCUCAACUUUUUGCCCCUCGAUCUCACAAUUAUAUAAUUUGGACCGCGAACUUUCGCGAAAGUAAAAAACAAAGAAAGUCCUUCGCUCUCAGUUAGUUGGGGAUCUUACGGCAUCGAGUGUUUUGGACUACUGAUUUUUCUGCAUUGGACGUUGGGCGAUGGCUGAGUGCUUGCAGGAGGGACAUAAAGUUACCCUAAACGUGUACGACCUAAGCCAAGGCCUAGCUCGGCAACUCUCCACAACAUUUUUGGGGAAAGUCAUUGAGGGCAUUUGGCACACAGGAGUCGUGGUUUAUGGCAAUGAGUAUUAUUUUGGGGGUGGCAUACAGCAUUCUCUGGCUGGAUCAACCCCAUAUGGGACGCCAAUCCGAGUGGUAGAUUUAGGUGUCACUCAUGUGCCCAAAGAUGUGUUUGAAAUGUAUUUGCAAGAAAUCAGUCCCCGGUACACUGCUGAAACCUAUAGUUUACUUACUCACAACUGUAACAACUUUAGCAACGAGGUGGCUCAAUUUUUGGUGGGCGCCACAAUUCCGGAAUAUAUUCUGCAGCUUCCAAACGAAAUUAUGAGCAGCCCAAUGGGUGCACUAAUACUGCCAAUGAUACAGAAUCUGGAAACAACACUGAGGGCUGGUGCUGUCCCACAAGCUCCACAAUUUAAGCCUGCUCCUGUGGCCCAGCCUGCUGCUAGUGUUUCAAGAUCAUCUGGUGGCAAGCCUAAAUCAUCCACUGAAGAUAAGUUGAAAUCCGGAGGUCAGUCAAAGGCCUCAGAGAAUGUUGAGUCCUCAACUGUCAAAUCAGGAGUACAGCGGAGCUCUGCCGGCAUCAAGGUGGUUGACCCUCUUGGAGAUGCACGAAGCAAGGUGCAAGAGGAGAUUACUGCUGAGUUUGCUGCGAUCAUGGCAACAGGGACACUGCGUGCAAGUGAAGCUGCGGCCCUUGCGACAAAAAGAGUUAUGCAGAAACAUGGUAAUCUGAAUUCGGCAUUGCCACAAAGCUAAGAUCCAUGAAAGGACACUCUUGGAUGAAGGAACUUUUUGUUUCUAAGAGUGUUUUACUGUUAUUUGUCGUUAGCUAAACUUAUCAUUCAUUCAUACGCGUUAAUUCAAUGUGUAUGGCUUCGGUAAACCUAUAAUUUAUUCAGCAAAAGGUGUCCCAGUUUCCUGUCCAGUGGACUUAGUUUUUCCGUUUAUAUUGGGUUGUAUAUCAUUCGAGUCUUGCUGUGGUAUUCUUAACGGUGCAACACACAAACAAACUUGUGAUGCAUGUAUUCUUGAACCAUGUCAAAAUGGUGCAAUGCUGUUAAGUAAAUUAGUAUUGUGACUA